AUGGACACAGAGAUUAAAAGUACACAAAACAUAAAGGGUGAUUUUGACAAAAGUCAACAGGAGAAAGAAGAGUAUGUAAGAGCAGUAGCACAACUACAGACAGACAGACAGACACUAGAGGACCAGACAUGCUCCCUUACCAGGACUAAUGAAGAGUUAUCAUCCACCGUGGCGGGUCUUCAGCGAAACAUCAAUAGGUUGGCAGUGGAACUCGGAGAGAAGCAGGGUGUUUUCGACACAGUUCAAAAGGAAAAACAGGAGUAUGUAAAACAACUAUCACAACUACAGACAGAGAGACAAACACUAGAAGCCCAGACAAGCUCCCUUACCAGGACUAAUGAAGAAUUAUCAUCCACCGUGGAGGGUCUACAGCAAGACAUCGAUAGGUUGAUAGAGGAACUUGAAAAGAAGCAGGGUGAUUUUGACAAAAGUCAACAGGAGAAAGAAGAGUAUGUGAGAGAAGUAGCACAACUACAGACAGACAGACAGACACUACAGGACCAAACACGCUCCCUUACCAGGACUACUGAAGAGUUAUCAUCCACCGUGGAGGGUCUACAGCGAGACAUCGAUAGGUUGGCAGUGGAACUCGAAAAUAAGCAGGGUGAUUUUAACAAAAGACAACAGGAGAACGAAGAGUAUGUGAGAGAAGUAGCACAACUACAGACAGGCAGACAGACACUAGAGGACCAGGCAUACUCUCUUAAUAAGACCAAUGAAGAAUUAUCAUCUACAUUAAAGAUUCAACAGCAGAACAUUGAGAAAAUGUCGGGAGAGCAAGAGGAAAAACAAGGUGACCUUGGUAAAGGUCAAGAGGAAAACGAGGGGUAUGUUGGAGAGAAAAAACUUCAGACAGAGAAAUACACUUUACAGGAUCAGACAGGAUCCCUCGAUAAGACAAAUAAGGAAAAGACAUCCGCCAUGGAGGGUCUACAGCGAGACAUCGAUAGGUUGACAGGAGAACUCGAGGAAACGCAAGGUGAGCUUGACAAAGUGCAAAGGGAAAAUGAGGAAAAUGGAAAAGACAAAUCUCAACUAGAGACAGAGAGAAAAUCAAUACUGGACAAGACACGUUCCCUCAAAGGUACCAUUGACGAGAUGUCUUCGACCACUGAGGGUCUUCAGAGAGGCAUUGAUAGGUUGAUAGGAGAACUGGUGAAAAAGGAUGAACAAUCGCUGUUGGAAGAAAGUCGACGUUUCAAAAGGAAAGUAUUGGUGAUGAAAUUACUACGUACCAGCCAAAGUGGUAUGGGGAAAACAAUGGUGGACAUGGUUACCAAGGAGCUGAAGAGACAGCUAGGCCGGAGACCUGAUUCGAGAAGUUUUGAUUUUUCCAUUGUGCUUCAUGAGACAUCAACAGAUGUAUCCAAAGGGCCCUUGUUUGUAGUCUGCCUGAGUUCGAAGGUCGGGAAAAAUAUUCCGGAUGCCUUGGAAGGGCCGAAAGGUGGUCGAGACGUAUAUAUGAUUGUACUACAUCACACCACUAAAGAAAGUCUAUCAACACUGACACCUAACAGUCUUCGUGCUACCGGAAGUGAGCUACGACAACUUGGCGGGAUCAUUGAUAUGGUGUUCAGCAGCGACAUUGGUUUGUGCGAAUGCGAUUUCAACAUCACUGCUGUUGACAAAAUAAUAACUGUUCUAAAGAAAUUUUGAAAAUGUUGUUGAGGAAAGAAUAUAAUUGUGUUAGACAAGUUGAUAUCUGUAUUGGUAUUUUAAUGAUGAAAUAUUUACAAUUGUCACAACGAUAUGCGGUCUAUCAGAAUGUGUUUUGUAUCUAAGACCAAAAUCAACUCAAUAUAAUAUUAUAUGACUGCUAGUAUCGAAUACAUAAACCGAUUUAGCAAUUCUUCAUUUGCUCAUAAACAUCUAGCAUGACGUCAGUCAUUGUUUAUUGUUUAUCGUUUCUCGACAGAAUGGCGACUGAAAAUUAAAACAAAACUCUUUCCCAAAUGAAACCAGGUUAAAUAGGACAUCUGCCCACGGGGUCAGAAAUAAUAAAAACGCGCAGCCUGUUGUGAAACUAAGAAAGAAAGGCAUCACUUGACAAACGUUAGCGGGCGAAAAAACCCAACCUAAUUUGAAUAAUAAGGUUAUCUAGGUCGCCUUUCUUAUGAAAAGCGUAUGGACACUGUGGUAGACAGGAAAAAGGAUUUCGUUACAAUUCACUUGGUAGAAUUACGGGUGAGCAUAAGGGUCAUGUAGAAAAAAUAAUAAUUUAGUUUUCGACUUAAUAACUCGAAAUGUCGUGAUAAAAACUCGAAAUUCAAAGAAAUGGAUUUUUAUAUAUUGGGGCGACCUGGCGUUAAGCCACACUUUUAGACUUAUUAAGUCAAAAUUUCGAGUUAUUAUCUUGAAAUUUAUAGUUAUUAACACGGAAAAACGAAAUUGAUUUGUUUUCUACAUGGCCCUAAUGUUCUUCCGUAUAGAAUAGAUAUAUUCAACAUAUGCUUAUAUAUUAUAGUGGAAUGUUUAUCUCGGGGUUCAAAAAUGUUGGAAAAAUUAUCAACUCAGGCCAUAAUCGGCCUUCGUUAUUUAUUUUCCCAAUAUUUGCUCAACCCCUUUAUUUAUUAGACAAUAAUACACGCACAUAUGUUGAUUAUUUCUUAAUCUACUACUCCUAAUUGAAAGUCUGAAUGUAAUAAUUUCUUGAUAGAUCAGUCUUUAGCCUGUUAGUUUGUUUUAAUCUUAUUUUUGUCCUGCUUAUAUUUUUUGAUUAAGCGUACGGCAACAUGACAGACACCACAUGUUAUGCUAGAAACACGUGCCCUUCCGGAAACGUCCAGUAAGUCUGGUGGGUUCAAUUUCAACAAAAUUUAUUGACAAAGAAGAAUGUAACACUGUCAAAAGGAUUGGACAACAUGCUUAUAGCCUCCAUUGGUGGUAGAUAUAUGGACAUAAUGGAUUGAUAUUAUAAUUAUAAAGAUUUUACUUACUGUCAAUAAUUAUUCAUUAGAAACCAGUAACAUAUUUAGCGUGAGAAACUUUUUUAGACAAUAUGUUACCAUAAAAAUAAAUGAACAGUACUGUUUAUUUCUAGACUUCAUGCAUAUGAUGUAAAAUAAUUAUAUAUAUAAAUAACUAUUUAGUAAUGGAUAUAAUAUGAGUAUGUACGUAUUGGACUGAUGAAAUCAACAUACAUUUUAUUUUGUAGUAAUAUAUUUGUCUAUCCAUUAUAAUUAGGUCUGCUGGUAUAUAAAGUCCAUAGAUAGUAGUUAUAAAUAAUGAUAUGAUCACCAAAUUUUGGUGGGUUCUUUAUAACAUCGUGCAUGGUAAUUAGGUUAAUUGAUUCCUGGCUUUCUUGAAUGAUAGUUAUGCAGUUUUGUAAAGAUGUUACCGAUACUUCGUAUUUUUGUGACUAUUGGUCUAUUCGUUUCGAUAAAAUCUAGAAAUACGAAGAAGUAAAGCGCUUCUUUGUAGAAGAAAGUAUAAAAAAUACAUAUUUUUUACUUUAUCAAAUGGCUGUUUUGUCAGUUUAGAGCUCAACAGGGAAACUUAAGAUCAACAGAAUCAAAAGUUCAUCCCUUUAGCAUUCCAAAACAUACAAAAGAAAAUGCUUUAUUGCAUUUGGUUGCAGAAGAUGAUUAAUGCUUAAACUAGUACAUGUAUAUGUAAACCCUGCCAGAUUAAGUUCAGCUACAAGGCUACAGGUAACCUCAGCUACAAGGCUACAGGUAACCUCCAGAACUGACAGUCCACCAGCACAGUCAAACCCUGCCAGAUUAAGCUCAGCUACAAGGCUACAGGUAACCUCCAGAACUGACAGUCCACCAGCACAGUCAAAAAGCUUGUAAAGUACAUUUUACAAAAUUGAAUAAUUUCAAUCGCAAAAAAAUAAUUCUAUAAGUUAAAUCACAGAUCAGAUAAACUUUCAAGGAUUGAUAGUGAUUUUAUAUUUUAAAACAUUGUUGGCCUGGGUUUUUUCGUUGUGUGCCGACGCUAUGUCAUAAAACUGUGUAUGCAUAUCUACACUUAUAUUUGUAACUUUUUCUUGAUAAUAUCCGCUUCAAAAAUGCGUCAACAUUUCUCACUUUAGUUUGAUGAUUUUACAUUGUUUAUUUUUUCUGUAAAAUUGAAAUACGUAUGAUUGUUAUUAACAAAGGCAAUCGAUUAACCUGAUACAGAUGUAAGUCCAUUAAUUUAUACUUUUGAUUAUCCACAAUACUGUCUUACAGAAUCUAUAUAUUCGAUAUAUACUGAGCAUCUGCACAUUAAAAGGUACAUAAUCAUCAUUAAACCUGUGUUUAGAAGAGUGUUUCAAUCCUCAGAAGAAAAGGUAAACAGGGAGAAGGUGUACUACAGCGUUUAGCCGUUUACAGUCUAUAAUCUGUAUCACAAGAGGUCAACGUAUUUUGUGUUAAUUUAUUUAUGUCGUAAUUGCUAAAUGCAGUACAAUAAAAUCCUUCUUACAAAUGUUGAGUAUAGUUACCAUUUUUCUUUGAAAAACAAUAAUAUAUGAAUGAACGAAAAAAGGAAAAACAAUGGAAUACCAUAUGUUGGUUCGGUUGAGUAAACGAUAAAAAUAUUUUCACACUUAUCCCUAUUUCAGCUGAUUUUGAUGCAUUUAGCAUCUUUCCAGAAAUUCAAAGUCCUAUUUUUCACUCCAAUAUUUGCCUUAUAUGUAUAUUGCAAUAGUGGAAUAAGUCACAAUUUAUUAAAUUUCUUACAUUGAUAUGAGAUGUUAAUAUUUCAUAAAUUGGAAACAAGCUUACAAUUAUGAAAGCGAUCAGAUAGUUAGUUGAAAUGUGUUUUAAUUUCUCUAAUGUCUCAACUAUUUUUUUGGAUUCCAUAUGUGUUUUAUCACAAUGUAAAUACGAGUUUUUAUAUGUCAUCGUUCCAUUAAUUUGCAUUACGUCACUUUAACACCAUAAAGAUACACCAAUUUGUAUGCUGAUACUGACAGUGUUUGGCAAUGAUUUACAUCUGUCCAUCUGUUUUCUGCUUAUCAAUCUUACAUGGCCAUGGCUUGUCUUUGGUUUAAAAGUACAUGUCGGAUGUCGUCAAUGAAGCAGAAGACCUGUGUUAAUCUUUCUUUUUUUUGCAAAACUUUUGCGCUUGAAUUACGUUUUUGUUCACGCGAUUUUUUAAUGACCCUCGACCAAUCCUUAUACACAUGCCAUCCAUAUUUUCGUGUUAUCAUUGGCAUAUCGUGUAUGAACAUUCCAAUGCUGCGGUAUUAAUUAUAGUUACACCGGUUAUACACUAGUAUACAUGUGCGUGUUGGUUUGUCAACAAUACGACAUAGAAAUGUUACUGGGUAAUGUGUAUGUAACGAAUCUGACAAAAAUGCUUCACAAUAUGAACACAAAACUCGAAACAGUUACUGUUAAUGCUGUCGAGCGCGUUACUCUCUAUCGGAUAAAUCAAUCUUUUUAUAGAAGUUCACUAACUAACUUCUACAUGUACAAUUAAUUGUCUCAUAUAAUAAAUUGUUGAUACCAUAUUCGGAGAGUGAUAUUGUGUCCUAGUGCACAAAGAUAAAGUAUAUUUUAUAAAAGAAAGCUCAUCAGAAAAAAUUGAUGGGAAAACCUGUAGGCAUGCUCAGCUAAAUUGUUUCGGUUGUGUUAAAUUAUGUUUCAUUUUGGUUGUAUAUAUAUAUCUGAAGUCGAUUGCACAAGUUUGAGGCCGUUAUAUUCUUAAAUAAUUCCACACAUUUAUAUAUAUUCAUUUGAAAGGAAACAACUCUUAUGAAAACUUUAUCCAACAAAAAGUUCUCAUAAUUAAGAAAGGAGACAACACUUAUCUGUUUAAACAUUGUUGUAAGAUGAAGAUAAAAAUAAAUGGGAUUAAA